CGACUGCUGGUGAUUGUUGGCUGGAGUAAACAAGCGGCUGGGGAUGGAUUAGAUUUGAAGGCUCCCCAAGGCUCCUCCAGUUUUUAAGAUUAGUGACUCCCCAAAGGCAUAAGGGCUGAGGAGAGCACGCAAGAGAGAACAUGAGGAAGCGAGCAGGCGGAGCCCAGGACAGGCGGGGCAGGACGGCAUCCCAGAUAGGGGAGAGACCGAUCCCCCCAAAUACGCGAAAGACAUUGAAGCCUUCAGACUACAAUUCCCAGAAGGCUGUGCUCACCCCGAGGACAUUUUCCAAAGCGAGGGUUAAACUUCUUGUGGCGUCACUUCCACUCCCGCCCUCGUUAUGCUUUGUUGUGACACUUUUCCUCUUCUCUCUUCUGACCCAUUUGGGACAGGGAUCUCGGCUUCUCGUGGCCUCUGCGGUGUCCCCGGGGAGGAGGCGAUGGCCCCCGGAGUGAUCGCCAGGGUUGGUCAGGAAUCAGUGACAUUCAAGGAUGUGGCUGUGGAAUUUACUUUGGAGGAGUGGGUACACUUGAACCCAUCUCAGAAAAAGUUGUACAGAGAUGUGAUGCUGGAGAAUUAUAAGAACUUGGUCUCUUUGGGAUUUGCUGUUUCCAAACCAGAGGUGAUCUACAGAAUAGAAAGAAAGGCAGCAUCUUGGAUGCCAGAGACAUAUAUUCCAAGAAGCAAUGGUUCAGAGAGAAAGAAAUUUACUGGAGAAAAACCUUUUGAAUGUGAAGAAUGUGGGAAGGCCUUCUAUUUUAAUUCAGAACGUAAUCGACAUCAGAGAAUUCAUACUGGAGAGAAACCUUACAAAUGUAAUGAAUGUGGUAAAGCUUUCCGCCUUACUGUACAACUUAAUGUACAUAAAAGAAUUCAUACUGGAGAGAAACAUUAUGAAUGUAAUGAAUGUGGGAGGAGCUUAAGUAGCAAUACAUCACUUAAGGCACAUAAGAAAAUUCAUACUGGAGAAAUGCCUUAUGAAUGUAAGGAGUGUGGGAAGGCCUUCAGACAGAGAAUACAGCUUAUUCAGCAUCAGACAAUUCAUACUGGAGAGAAGCCUUAUAAAUGUGAUGAAUGUGGGAAGAUCUUAAGUAGCAACACAUCACUUAAGGCACAUAAGAAAAUUCAUACUGGAGAAAUGCCUUAUGAAUGUAAGGAGUGUGGGAAAGCCUUCAGACAGAGGAUACAGCUUACUCAGCACCAGACAAUUCAUACCGGAGAGAAGCCUUAUAAAUGUGAUGAAUGUGGGAAGAUCUUAAGUAGCAACACAUCACUUAAGGCACAUAAGAAAAUUCAUACUGGAGAGAUGCCUUAUGAAUGUAAGGAGUGUGGGAAGGCCUUCUAUUUCAACUCAGAACGCAAUCGACAUCAGAGAAUUCAUACUGGAGAGAAACCUUAUAAAUGUAAUGAAUGUGGGAAAGCCUUCCGCCUUACUGUACAACUUACUCGACAUAAAAGAAUUCAUACUGGAGAGAAACCUUAUGAAUGUAAUGAAUGUGGGAAAGCCUUCCUUCGGAAUUCAGAUUUCAUGCGGCAUCAGAGUAUUCACACUGGAGAGAAACCUUACGAAUGUAAUGAAUGUUGGAAGGCCUUCUGUCAUGUUGCUGAACUUACUCAACAUAAGAGGAUUCAUACUGGAGAAAAACCUUACAAAUGUAAGGAAUGUGGCAGGCCCUUUAGACUCAAGACACAACUUACUCAGCAUCAGAGAAUUCAUACUGGAGAGAAGCCUUAUAAAUGUGAUGAAUGUGGGAAGGCCUUUAGACUGGGAAAACAAUUUAUUCAACAUCAGAGAAUACACACUGGAGAGAAGCCUUAUGAAUGUGAUCAUUGUGGAGAAGCCUUCAGACUGAGGCCACAGCUUACUCAGCAUCAAAAAUUUCAUCAUGGAGAAAAACCAUUUGUAUGUAAUGAAUGUGGGAAAGGCUUCUUUGGAAAAUCAGAUUUUAUUCGACAUCAGAGUAUUCAUACUGGGGAGAAACGUUAUGAAUGUAAUGAAUGUGGGAAGGCCUUCAGAUUGAGGACACAGCUUAUUCAACACCAGAGAAUUCAUACUGGAGAGAAACCUUAUAAAUGUGAUAAAUGUGGGAAGGCCUUCAGAGUGAAAAAACAAUUUAAUCACCAUCAGAGAAUACAUACUGGAGAGAAACUUUAUGAAUGUGAAAAUUGUGGGGAGACAUUCAGAUUGAAGCCACAGCUUAUUCAGCAUGAGGUAAUUCAUAAUGGAGAAAAACCAUUUGUGUGUGAUGAAUGUGGGAAAAGCUUCUUUUGGAAUUCAGAUUUCAUGCAACAUCAGAGUAUACAUACUGGAGAGAAGCCUUAUAAAUGUGACAAAUGUGGAGAGACCUUUAGACUGAAGAAGCAAUUUAGUCACCAUCAAAGAAUACAUACUGUAGAGAAACCUUAUGAAUGUAAUUAUUGUGGGGAGACUUUCAGAUUGAAACCACAGCUUAAUCAGCAUCAGAGAAUUCAUAUUGGACCAUUUGUAUGUAAUAAAAGUGGGAAAGACUUCUUUUGGAAUUCAGAUUUCAUGCAACAUCAGAAUAUUUAUGCUGGAAAGAAAUUGUAUGUAUGUAACAUAUGUGGGAAAGAUUUCAGACUGAAGAAAAAGUUUACUCAGCAUCAGAAUAUUCAUACUGGAAAAAAACUUUAUAAACAUAAUGAAUGUGGGAAGGCUUUUAUUCCACAUCAGAAAAUACAUAUUAGAGAAAAGCCAUAUGAAUGUAAUGAAUGUGGGAAGGGUUUUACACUGAGGAGACAGCUUACUCAGCACCAGAAUAUUCAUCCUGUAGGAAAACUUGAAUAUAUGUGUACUGAAAGACCACUUGCGUGAGUUCAAAAUUUACACUAUCACUGAGUAAAACUUUAAUGAGAGUAAAUAAAAGAAUGCAACAAAUCUGGGAAGGUCUUCAAGAAAAAGAUCUAGCUUAUUGUACAUCAGAGAAUUUCUACUGCAGGGAGGGAGUCCUUAUGAAUGUAAGUUGUAUAGGACUCUCUUCUACAACUCAAAACUUAUACAGUGAUAAUGUUUACUGGAAAGAAAAGUUAUGAAUGUAAUAUAUUUGAGAAAGUCUUCCACCUGAACUCCAAACUAACUUGACAUCUGGAAAUUCAUACUGCUGAGAAACAUGAAUAUGAGAAUUUUUUAGUGGUUCUGUAGAACAUACUUGACCUCAGAGAAUUCUUACUGGGAAAAAACCUUAUGAAACCAAUUUAUUUGGGAACAUCUUUAGACUGUGAGCCUUUUUUAUUAUGUAUCAGAGAAAUCAUACUAGAUGAAUGUUAUAGAUUUAAUGAAUAUUAAUUCACUGGUGAAUUCCUACUGAAUCACAGGGCAGAGCAGGAUGUUGGAAUAAAGUCAGCUUUUUUUUUUUUUUUUUUUUUCCGAAUUCUCCCAACACAUACACUCUAUAAUGAUUUUUUAAGUGCACCAAACUGGUGCACCAAACUGAAAUUGGCCAAUAAUGCAGUGCAAAGGGUAUGAAUUCAGUAGUGCUGAAUAGUGUCCAAGAAAGAUAAGGGGAUUGAAUGUUUUGUCAAAAAGAGAUUCCAUGGGACCUUUAUGUUAGUAGUAGGUACAGGAUCAGAUGCUAUUUGACAGCUCCAUCACCCAUUCCUCACUUCUGAGUAGUAGGGUCAGGAUAGAGAGGAACAGUUAUAGUGACAAGGGAGAAGAUAAUAUUACCUAGUUAAGGUAAAGUAACAACUUGUAAACCUGUAGGCCAGUGAUCUGACUUCUCCCUGAAUCACAGUACCUUAGAAGAAGUAAAAAACUUUAAAGUCCCUAGAUUUAACCUCAGGAAGCAGGCCAGAUUAGAUAGUUGCUCUCAGAGGUGAUCAGAACCCAACAGUAACAAAAAAUUUAAAUUCAAAGAAACAGACUAGAAAGAUGAGCAAACUACAAAAAAGAGGAAUCUGACAAUAAAAGCUUUUAUGGGCACGGAAGCUCAAGACAAACUCAAAGACAAUGAUUCACCAAUCUCUACAAUAAAAGCCUCAAAGGAAAAAUGCAGAUUGGACACAAACCCCCAAAAAAAAUUCCUUAAAGAACUCAAGAAAGUUUUUUUUCAUAGAUCAAAAUUUAGAUCAAGUAAGAAUGGUACAGCAAAAUUUGAAAGAAGAAAUAAGAGUAAUUGUAACACCAGAAUUAAUAGCUUGGUAAAAGAUACACAGAAAUGUUCUGAAGAAAAUAACUUUUUGACCAACUGGUUAAAAGAGGUAAAAAAUCUCACAGAAGAAAAUAACUUCCAAAACCCAUAAUUUGUCAAAAUACAAGCUAUUGAUUCCAUGGGACAUUAAGAAACAAUACAAUUUAAAUACCAUUGAACAUAGUAAGAAUCAUGUAAACUGUAGGAACAGAGGGCUUGGAGAUGAUAGUCCAGAUAGCAAAGGAGCUCAUAACCAAAAAUGGUCUACCUGGAAAUAUUGAGUUAAAAGUGGAGGGAAAGGAGGCUAAUUUAAUAAAAUAGAAAAUUUUCAAGCAUUCAUAAUGAAAAGACCACUAGAAUAGAGACUGUGGCACUCAGAAAAGCAUAAAAAGAUAAGCAUGAGUGAGGAAUAAGGAAGUUAAUAAGAUUAAGUUGUUUCUAUUUCUAAAUAUAUUCUUUAUAACCUCUACAAACUUUUUUAUUCUUAGGGCAGUUUAAAGGAGUCUACUUAGAGGAAAUGGGAUAAUCUCAAAAGAAAAAAAGGAAUACCCUGAGAAGAAGAGGGAAAACUAUUUCAUAAAAAGUAUGCAAGCACGAUUUUUUAUAAAAUAGAGAAAAGGGAUAGAAUAGACUUGGAAAUCUCAUCUGAAGCAUUUUGGAAAGGGAAGAAAUAAACACAUACACAAGA